AUAAUGUAAUAAUGUUUGUUUUUUUCAGUUAACACUUUCAGUGCGGGGUUACUCUCCAGGAGUAACUUCCCUAGCGCUGUAGAGUGCGGCGUUACUCUCCCUGAGUAACUUGGUAUAUAGUGUUUGUUUCAUUAUAUUUCUUUAUUUUAAAGUUCGUUUUUUUAAAUUCUUUAUUACUUUCCGGUUAAGAGAGUGAUUGUUCUUUCCUUUUAUUGUUGAUUGGACGCCAUACGUACACGUUUUAUUUUCAAAUCUUUGUUUUAGUGACACUGUGUUUUUCGUUUUGAGUGGAUUCUAAAAUGGAUUUAGGUGAAUCUAGUGGACUUUCUAGACCUGAGACUAAUUCUAGAUCUAGGCGAAUCACUGCUCAGCAAGCAUUAGAAAUGUUUAAUAACUUUUCCUCAGAUGAUAGUGAUAAUGCGUAUUCAUCAGAUAGUGACUAUGAGAAUCAGAAUGGCAUUAGACCUAGAUCUAGUGAAAGCAGUGACGAUGAAGAAGAAACAGCUGGGGCAACGCCCACUUCUUUGUUAUCAUGUUUUCCAGUUGUUGGUAGCAAAAGCAAAAAAAGAAAACUAAAUGAUAAUCAUAAUGUUGUUAUAAAUAGAUCUAUCUCUGACUGGAUAAUGGUUGGAGAUGGUUUUGAAACCAAAAACCUGUUCAGUUUUGCACCCAAGAAUGAGCCUGGGAUAAAUGAAAAUUAUUUAUCCCAGUCAUCUUCUGUUCUGGACUGCUUCUCUUCCCUCUUCACAUGUACCAUCAUGGAUAUUGUGAUAGAGUACAUCAAUGCCUAUGCUCUAAAAAAAGUGAAGCAAAACACGCCAUUGAGGAUAGGUCAAGAUUUCAAAACUGGAAACCUGUAACCAAGUAUGAGAUGAUAAAAUUUUUGGCAACCACCAUGGCUAUGGGCUUGAACAAAAAACCAAGCAUACAGGAUUACUUCUCAACCGAUGAUAUUUUUUUUACUCCAUUUUUCUCGGAAAUGUUUGAAAGGGACAGGUUCUUGUCCUUAUUUUGUUCAAUGUUACAUUGCGGGGAACCAGAUGCUGAAGGUAAAAGAAAAAUAGAGCCUUUUAUCAAUCUCUUGAUUGAUAAUUACAACACAGUUUACACACCUUUCCAAAAUGUGGCCAUCGACGAAAUGAUUGUGGGCUUCAAAGGCAGAUGGCUGUACAAGCAAUUUAAUCCUUCAAAGCCUUAUAAAUAUCACAUCAAAAGCUUUGGGCUUCUUGACAGCUGUACAGGAUAUGUUCUGAAUCUUCUGACAUAUUAUGGGAAAAACACCUCAUUUGACCCAAACAGUGACAAGGACGGAGGGCAGGCAGUACAGAUUUUUAGGACUUUGCUUGGCGUCAUUGGCAGGGGUUAUCAUGUAUUUGCUGAUCGCUUUUUCACGACCAGAAAACUAGUUGACUAUCUCUUGUCAGAAGAGCAAUAUUAUACUGGAACAGUACAGUUCACCCGCAAAGGAUUUCCUGAUGAAAUUAAAAAACUAACGAGGCACAAGGAGUCUAGAUAUUGGGCGACAGCUGAAGAAAAACUACUGGUAGUAAGCUGGCAAGACAAAAAGGCUAAAAAGCCUGUAGCUAUUGUGUCUACCAUGGCAAAAGCUGAAAACAGGGAAAUAAAGAAUAAAGUGAAGCCUGCUGUUGUCGAUACAUACAAUAAAUACAUGUAUGGAUGCGAUCUGGUCGAUCAGAAAAUUGGCUACUACGGUCUACAGAACAGGAAAAGCAUAAAGUGGUGGAAAAAAUUGUUUCACUGGAUAGUUGAAAUAACAAUUUCAAAUGCCCAUGUUCUCUAUUUGAUGUGCAAAAAUGGAGAAAAAAAAGAAAUGCUCAGUUUGAAAAAAUUUUAAAUUCAACUUGUCCAUGCACUAUGUAUGGAAGCAGCCGCUGUGAUGCCUCCAGAAGAGAAAGACAGAAGAAAGCCAGUAGUAGGAAGACCUAUGAAAAAUCCUAUCCCCAGGCUAGAUGCAGGCAGGCAUAUAAUUGACUAUUCUGAUAAAGAAAACCGGUGUAAAGUGUGCAGCACACGAAAAAAAACAGCGCGCACUCAUUUCAUUUGUAGUGAUUGUCCUGAUAGACCUCAUCUGCAUCCAAAAGAUUGUUUUAAGAAAUGGCAUACACAAGUUCAUUUUUAACAUGCUGAUGAAAAAAACUGUAAAUAUGUAUAAAGUGACAUUGAUUUUCAAUUUGGUUUUGAGAUUUGUGUAAAUAUUGUGUAAAUAGAAUUUUUUCUUCAUUUUUGUGAACAUCAAAGAAGCUGAAAAAACAACCCAGACUUGUGCUAAUGUUUUUUUUUUUUAUUAUUUUUAUGUGACAUAUAUGUGUGGUUAAGUGAAAAUUCUUUUAUAUUGGAUUUACUUUAUUAACAUGGGAAUAAACCUUUCAAUGUUCCUUCAGAGUUGAAAACAACUACAUUCUAGCUUGAACGUCCCACAAGAAGAUGUGGGGUGGCAGCAGGCAGGGGUCUAACCUAGGAUCUUGGAGACCACUAAACGAUAGUCCAGAGUGUAUAUGAUUAAUUGAGUAGACAAAGAAGGGAUGGAUUACUGGAGCUAAAAGAAGGCAUAAUUUAACAAUAGACUACUUUGGGAUAUGGAAUGAGAGAGGCUAUAGUGUUGAUUAAAUAAAUAUGUAGGUCUCAGCUGGGGCUGCACAGCCACGGGAAAUACUGCAUUCCUAACUUAUCUUGGGACUUAUUAUAAAGCUGCCAUUAUCCAAGGACAUAUGAUUCUCUGGAGGCUUACAUCACUGGAAAAAGUCUUUGGUCCCCUGAAGAUUACAGUACAUGUAAUGCUGCAAAAGGAGGAGGAUGCUGGGCCAGGCACAUACAACUCAAUUUACUUCUAUUGGCUGGAAAUAUUUAAAGCAUGACAGUGGCGUAGGUAAAUUACCAAAUAUUGGAUCUUAUGUUGGAUUGAUCAGCCCUGAUGAACUGACCUGACCAUUGUAAUUGAAACCAUAACUCAUGACCACUCUAUCUGUAUAGGUCCUGGUAUACCCUGGGAUGAUGUUCACCCACAACUUUUAACUUGAAAUCUUAAAGGAAGUUUUGCUAAACUAACAAGCAUGAAUGUCUGGUACAGUAAGAUAGGGUUAAUGGUCAACCUGACAUUAUGGUUCAUUCAUUGGGACAGCUAAUGUUUGUGUCUGACCAAGCAGUUCUCAAGUUAGGGCUUGAUGAAGUCUACAAACUGACCAUUAUAUCUACUGGACAAAAAAGGAUCUUAUAUGUAUAUUUUAAACCUGGUCAAUGCCUAUUUCUCCACUAUUGUCGACAUCUUGAGACAUCACCAUCGGCAGAAACCGAAGACGGCUGAUACAUUUGUGUGGGUGAAAAACUGAAGGCGUCGCUCGAAGACAGCUGAUACAUUUGUGUGGGUGAAAAACUCAAGGUUUCGCUCGAAGACAGCUGAUACAUUUGUGUGGGUGUAAAAUUCAAGGCGUCGCCUGAAGACAGAUGAUACAUCGUUUCCACGUGAGCGCUUGUCACCAACUUUUGACACGCUCUUGCAUUGUCGAGGUUUCACCUUACAUUGCUAUACAGAAGGUCCUCCAUUUAGACCUCUGUUCACUUAUGGUCAUUCUAAUUUUUCAGAGACUUUACAUAUUUGGAUUAUCUAAGCUGAAGUUCUCCACUUAAGUACUGUUGGAUUAUUUAUACGAAUGUUCAAGUACUUUUGGAUUAUUGAUCUUUGACGUUGAAGUUGGACUAACUUGUACCUAUUGGCGCUCUCCUAGUCAUCGCUGUACGACGAAGAAAUAACACAUGCCUGCAUUACUACACUUACAUUUUGGAUUAUCUUAUUGGAUUAUUUGGAUUACCUGUUGGACUUGUGUUAAUUGUAAAGGUCAAGAGGAAAUAUUUUUUGACAUUACUUGAGCAUUUGAGCCAUCUUAUGGCAUAUGACUGGAUUAUUUUACUACUACUUUGAUGCUCACAUUGAUGUGUAUUCUCAAUCGGAUUACUUAGUUACCUUACCCAUGGAUUAUUAUUGAACUACUCAAGCUGUAUUUGUAUUUGACAAGCUACAAGAGAGGAUUAAUCUACAUCAGUCUACAAAAGAAAGUCUGUAAGUUAUAAUUAAGGAUUGAAUAUAUUCAUAUGAUUAAUAAAGUACAUUGAUUUUGCUGUGGUAUAGCAGUAAUUGAAGUUGAUUAUAUAUAGAGUUAGUGAUUGAUAACUCUUGGAACCAUAUUAAAUUGAUUUUCAUUUUUUAUAUUUGUUACCUUAAAGGGCGGUCGGCGUGGGUCUGUCUUAUGUUUUGAGACUGAAUCGGCACAAUUUAUUUGUUCCGUUCCAUUUCACUUCAUGUGAUAGGGAUCUUUAGGGAUUUUCUUGUUGUUCUCUUAGUCCUAAUAAGGUCCGAGUAGACCAGCCUUGUUCGGUAGGGACUUCUAGAUCAUUUUGAAAUUUUUUGUUUAGUGGUAUAUAGUUUUGUUUGUACAAUCGUAGUGUGAUUUCUCUUUGUAUUCAUAUUGUUUGUUUGUGUAAGUCUUGUAUUUACAUAUCUGUGAUUCUCUUGUCAAAGUCUUCUAUUUAUUGAUUUCUUUUAAAGCAGACUGUAUUGUUAUCUAUAUUGUUUUUGUGUUCGUCACCUAUACUUUAAUUUAUCUCUUUAUUCUCUCAUUAAUUAAUUUUUUUUUCAUUUUUUCACUGCACAUAUAACAUGUUACAAAGAUAUAUUUGAAGUAAUAAUAUUGUGUACAUAUAUACUAUCACUUGAAUUAGAGCCUUAUUUUUUGAGCUCUUGUACUUAUUUUGUAUUGACACAUUUCUCGUACUCUGAUUAUUUUGUUGGUACAUUUUGACGCAACACUUAUUACUAUUGACUCAUUUGUACAUUGUAUUUGGCACACAUUGAUUACAAACUCAACACAUUUAUUGGCCAUCUAUUAUUUAAAUAUCAAAGAUACAUGCAAAGUGAGACAUUAUUAUUUGUAUUUUGAUAACUAAGCACUCACUACACAGUUAAUACUACAUACAGAUUGGAAUCCUAUAUAUUUGUUGACUUUAUACACGUUGAAGAUUAUUUAAUAUUUAUUGACAUUAUACACACUUGAAGCCUAAACCCAUACCUAUCAACAAUGUCUACCUAUGAUAAAAUCUUGGAGUUGGCCAUAGAAAUGGAAUUGAAGGGUGAAAAGAAAAGAGAAUUUAUCGAAAGAGAAUUGGAUGAAUUAAAGAAGAAAGAACGUGAAGUAGCGGAACGAGAUGAACGAGCGGCAGAAAGAGCGCAUCAGAAAGAAAUGAAAGAAAUAGAGGGAAAAGUUGAGUUAGCUAAACUGGAAGCUGCAAAAGUGAAUCCGAACAUAUUACAACCACUGACACAGCAAGCCAAACCAUACGUCUCGAAGUUCCAUAAGUUCAAUGAGAAAAACGAAACUCUUGAAAACUACAUUGUGCAAUUUGAGCACAUAGCCUCAACGUAUGACAUGUCUCCUAGAGAUAUGGCCAAGCACCUACUCGCCAAUCUUGCAGGUGAACCGCUGAACAUAAUAGCCACCCUGACACCUGAACAAAAGACUGACUACAAGGCUGUGAAAAACAGACUCCUCGAACACUUUGGCAAAUCCGAGGACCACUACAGAAAACUCUUUCGAGACAUCAGAUUGCAAAAGAACGGUGAUUACAACAGAAUUAUUUUUGAAAUUAAGCAAAAUAUCUUAAAGUGGCUUGAACUCUCCAACUGUGAUAUGACGAGACCAGACCAAAUCAUUGAUAUGUUCUUAAUUGACAGUGUUACAGACAACAUUUUCACUUUCCUGAAAGAGAAGAAAAUUAAAAACGAAACAGAACUCAUAACUAACCUGAAUUUAUUCAAAGACAGCCAUCCCAAUCACACCAUCGACAGAAGAGACCAUCAUUAACACUGAUUCAAGUAAAUUCAAAUACAGCAGCAACAAUAAAACCUGCUUUAACUGCGGCAUAAAGGGUCACAUAAAGAGCCAAUGUAGAUCAAUCAACAGAAGCACUUUCCAGUAUCAAAGUGGCACAUAUCGAGACAAUAAAUAUGACAACAGAAGAAACAGCAGAGCAACCCAAAGUUACAGCCCUAAUGAUAGAAGAAGGCAAUACAACACCAACAACGAUAAUUACAACUUCCAGAACUAUCAAAGAAGACAGCAAUACAAUACCAACAACUUUCAGAACUAUCACAGACGAUCCAGACGUGAUGGCUACGAACGAAACAGAUACAACAGAAAUACUUCAAACAGAUGGCAAAGUAACAGCAACAAUAGAAUCCAUAGACGCCCUAGCAGUUAUGACAACUCAGCCGCAACCAUCGACACUCACGAACACGAACAUGUAGCAUUCAUGAACUCAACUCCAGAAAAUAAUUCCUAUCCAUUACUUACAAACGGGCUGGACAACGCAUCACGAAACAGUAACAUUAGAACUGGAAACACACAUGACACUAGUAGUUAGCAAGCUAGACAUAGGGCAGCACAACAUACAAUUUUGUUUAUUAUACAAUAGGAUACAACACCAUCACAAAAUCACUAAAUAUCAGUAAUAUAACUAAACAAUGACAUUGUUCACAUAAGUCAACAACUAUAAUUAUCACACUAUUUUACAUAACACUAGCACCGUUAAGGACUCAUUAGCCAGUACAAGUGUAAUUCAUUGAAUCUGUUGAUGCCAUAUUCUACAUAUAACUUUGAUUGUAUUUGUACACAUGACACUUCAAAAGGUCAUAUGUGCCCAAUUUUUGCAUAUGUGUAAAUUAUUUUUCCAAGAGUCCAUUUGAACAGAACGCAGUCAUAUUAAAACCUGAGUAUGUGACACUAUUUAUUGAAAUGUAUUUUUCAUUUUUUCAAAUGUACAUAACCUUUGUAAAUUGUAUAGAUAUGACUGUGACAUUGAUCUUCACUGAUGAAUUUAUUUUUUCCCACAUAUCAGUUUUGAAGACUAUUUGAGCUUAAUUUGAGGCUUGAUGAUAUGUAAUGCAAACAAUGAUUUUUUGAAAAGAAUAUUGUAUUUAAUUAGUGAGAUCUAUUUGAGCAUUACUGAUGGCUUGAAAAAUAAUUGAUACUGUGUAAUGCAAACUGAAUCUUUGAAUAGAAGAUUGUACUUAAUAUGAGAAGUAUUGGAGCAUUAUUGAUGGCUCAUGAAGUAAUAUAUAUAAUGUGUGAUGUAAUCGCUGAUUUUUUGAGGAGAAGAUUGUAUUUAAUAUGAGAAAAUUAUUUGAGCAUUAUUGAUGGCUCGUGAAGCAAUACAUUUGAUGUGUGUCGUAGACACUGACUUUUUGAGAAGAUUGUAUUUAAUAUGAGAAAAUUAUUGGAGCAUUAUUGAUGGCUCGUGAAGUAAUAUAUUUGAUGAUGUGUGAUGUAGACACUGAUAUUUUUUGAGGAGAAGAUUGUAUUUAAUGACAAAACUUUUGGAGCAUUAUUGAUGGCUCAAGCAGUAUAUUUUAUAUUAUGUGAUGAUAACACUAAUUUUGAGAAGAAUAUUGUAUGGAUAUGAGAAAACUAUCGAAGCAUGAUUAAUGGCUCGAAGUAAUAUACUUGAUUUUUGAAAGAACAUUGUACUUGAUUCAUGAAGACUAUUGGAGCACUAUUAAUGGCUCAAAGUAAUAUAUUUGAUUUUUGAAUAGAACAUUGUAUUUGAGUGAUGAAGACUAUUAGAGCACUAUUAAUGGCUCGAAGUAACAUAUUUGAUGUUACAUAACGUGAAAAGCUGAUUCAUUUUUUCGAGAGAAGAUUGUAACUUACACUUAUGUUAAAAGAACUUGUGCUCACAGUAAGACAUAUGAGCCAAAUGAAUAUCAUGAUAACGACCUUGAUGCUUUAAUAUGCUUAUGACUUUGAUGAUUUAAAUAUGUUCCUCAUAAAUCAUCAUUAAAGAAUAUAUUUUCUUGACUUUCAUGAUUUAGUAGCAUUGUCAAAACAUUGCCAUUAUUUUUGUACAUAAACCAUUGAGACAACAUAAAUAUUUAUUAUAGAUACAUUUCACUUGCAUUGAUUUAUUUUAAAGAACAUUGUCAAUAUCUUUUCAUUUGACCAUGUAACCAUUGUCAAUAUUUUUCAUUUGAUUAUGUAACCUGAUGGGAUAAACUAAGUAUAUUUGUAUACGAGCAUUUUUCAUGGCUGCUCAUUCCUUUGUAAAAUUAAUAUUGAAAGCAUUCUUUUGAUAAAUUGAGAAUUUACUUUGAAAUUUUGUGUAAAGAAACACUUGCUUUUUGAGUAAUGUUGACAACUAUGAGUAUUGUCUACACAGACAAAUAUUUUUUCAAAUAUUGUAAGGUCAAAUGAGACCAUAUAUUAGUCUCAUCAAAUUUUUUGAUGGCAUGAUAAGACAUGUGCCAGAGAUUAUAGCACACAUUGUACAUUUGUAUGGAUUAUUUCUCUCUCAAAAGAUGUGACUAUAUAAUAGUAUUAUUACUUAAAUUUCAAAAGAUUUUUACAAAAUCUUUUUUUUUUGAGGGAAAGGGCGUAAUGUCACAGUCUUAGUUGACAUUGCAUGAUCUAAAGUUCACAUCAUGUUAAUAGUUUAAAAGACACGUGGAAUUCCUAAUGUAGAAAACAGGAAGUAGAAUGAAUAAAGUUGACUUUGAAGUCAGUCAGUCAGUCAAGUAAAGCAGACAAGUGAAGUCAAGUUAGAAGUCAAGUGUUAUUCUUUGGACCGAGUGGUCAAAUAUAUUUUAGUCCGGGAUGGACAGUAGCGACUUAGAAAAGUCUGUAGUAAUUUCAGUUAGAAAGUAACUUGUGGGCAGUUGUUGCCAGUGGUCUUUUGAGACAUGUAUUAGUUAAUCUAUAUUUCUACACAGUGUUGCCCGCUGAGAUGCGGACAUGAUUUGUUGUUAACGUAUUGGAUACUUUUGAUACCGCUGUUAUGCGGAUAGGAUUAUUAUUUCUUGACUUGUAGCACUAACAAGGAGUGCAGUAUAUUAUUAUUAUUAUAGUAAAAUAAACUUCAUGUUGUCUGCUGAACGGACUUGAGUCAGUCGUAUAGUGUUUGUCUUGUCACGUGUCUAGAGUACUUCAGGAAGUAAGAACUCAGUAUUACACCAUUCAACGUUCAUUGACAGACCCCCUCCCUCCCAACCAUUUCCUCUGCCUUAUCUUGAUGACUUUGACUUUAAUUAGACAUUAAGCUUUCCAUGUGCUGAAAUUUAGCAUUGUAGAACGGGAAAUAAAUUGUCUAUGACAGUUCAAAGUGUGUAUACAUUUUUUUUGACGCACCCUGUAAAUAUAUUGUAUUCAGUGAUUUUUUUAUUUUACCAUUUUCUAAUAUUAGUUUGUUAGCUCAAUAACUAUUAACCUUUUAGAUUGUUAUCUUUUGUAAUGUUAAGACUAGAAAACAAGAUCUCAAAAUUAUAUUUAGGACGAUGAUUACAAUUACUUAGUCAAUUACUUAGAUAAAAUAAUUAUAAAACAAAAGUUAUAUAAAGACAUAAUUAUACAAUGUUUAUAUUUUGUAUGUUCAUAAAAAUGUGUAUAGCAGUGUUAUGGAGUGUGGGUGUUUCCAAGGUAACGUUGAGAAAUUAGCGAUUGGUUGGCGGAUAUGCAGUGAGGAUGGUGAAAUUACAAAAAUGGUCUAGUGUAAUGCAAAUUACCCAGGGAUCUGAAACUGUACAGACAGGUUUUUUGUAGUGAGUUAGAUUUUGUUUAAAAUACCAUUUUAUAUUAUUGCUACUAGAUUUAUUUCAUUUCAUCUAGGUUAGUAUUAGGGUUAGUGUUAUGUUGUAAUAAAAGUUAUAUUUAGUUUUGUUUCAAAAAAGAAGUUUUUUCAAGUUUCAUAUUAAAUAUAUAUAUAUAUAUCCAAGCAGUAGUUCUCACCAAACUUUCAUACACUGGCAGAACUACCUUAAAAAAAUGUUCUGCUGGAGGCUGGUGUGGGUAGUAUAGAAGAAAUACUUAUUCAACAGCUGUGAUGGGUUGGAAAAUUAUCCCACAUGGGGGGCGACUGCAUGCCAAAUGGUAUCUUCAAGGAUGGCGUAACGGGGUACUCCUGUAAGCACUAUAAAGAUUAACUCAGGCGCCUUUUUGCCAUAGAGGAAAGUAGGUUGUAAUAGGGUUUAUGAAAACACUGCACUCAUCUUUUAUCUUCAGCAUCAUUAUUAUUAUUAAACCAUUACUCAAAUUUUGCUUUGUUAUUUUGCCAUGUAGCGAUUUACUGCUGCUGGGGUGAACAAUGCUUAAAAAAAUAAAAAUAUGCUGUGUUUUUACUUUGGCCCAGCGGUGGCUCCCACAUUUAUGUCUUUUGUAUUUUUCUAUACCAGUUCUGUUACUAUGCAAAUGCAAAAAAAAAAAUGCAAGUUGUUGCACUAUUGAUAUUUUUUAUACUAAUUUUUUAUUUAUAUUAUUAAUUAUUUAUUAUUAUCUAAGCAUCUGUUUGUAUUUGAGCUGAGUAAUGAAUAUAGAUUCUUAAAUUUAAUUGUUGUUUGUUGCUUUACUCACUUUUAAACUGUGACCAUGUAAAUUUUGUCUAGGCGGAGAAUGGUAAUGUCUUAGUGUUAAUGAUUAGAUUGAGAAUGUUAAUGUCUUAGUGUCAAUGAUAACAGUGAGAAUGGUAAUGUCGUAGUGUCAAUGAUAACAGUGAGAAUGGUAAUGUCUUAGUGUUAUUGAUUAGAUUGAUAAUGGUAAUGUCUUAGUGUCAAUGAUUACAUUGAGAAUAGUAAUGUCUUAGUGCCAAUGAUAACACUGAGACAAUCAUUAGAUUGAGGAUGGUAAUGUCUUAGUGUCAAUGGUGUAACACUAUGAUUAGAGUGAGAUGCACGAGAUGAUUUCAGUUCACGUGAAAAUGGGUCUUACACAUUGUCGAGCAAAGAGGUAUCAUUUUUGAUCACAUGACCACGAUUUUUUAGUAAGUUAGCACCAUGAUGUAUCAAGAGACGUAGGUGUCUCUGUUUUAUGAAAUUGGAUUAAAUAAUAUGAGUACCUAAUUGGAGAUAUUUCUAAGGAUGUAGUUUGUAUUUGAUGUGAAAUAAUUCGUGAUAUUUUAUGGCUGAGAUUGCCUACUUUAUGAACUAUUAUUUGAUGUAAUAAAUAUUUGUCUGCCA